UCGCCGUUGCUUUAGCUGACCUGGAUGCAGAAGCGGUUUCUCCACCGGAUAUUACGUUGAGCCUGAGGUCAGGCGUUCUCUCUCACAGCCAUCUUGGAAAUAGCGUCCUGAGUCGCGACCAUGCCUGGCGAAGCAACAGAAACGGUCCCAGUCACCGAGCAGGAGAUGCAGCAGCCUCAAGCGGAGACUGCUCCGCCUCCUGCCCCAGCUUCCACCCAGCAACCUCAGGUAGCUUCUGGCCCUGCAAAGGCCAAAGGCAAAGAUGCCAAGAGUGGGCAGGGUUCUUCUGCCCCAAAGGCUGUACCUGGCAGAAGAAAACGUUCCUCUAUGUCUGCCUCUUCUUCCUCACCCACUUCACCCAAAUCUACUCCCUCCUCUAUUCCCCGGUCACCCGUGGUGUCACCUUUGGCAUCACCUUUAGCAUCACCUUUGGCUUCUUCGGCCAGUAGCUCCCCUGCCAAUCGUUCUGCCCCAAAAGUGGUUAAGGCUGGCAAACAAGGAAAGGCUAAGAAAGGGGAGGCAUUUGAGCCUGCUCCUGUCCAGGUAGAUCACAAAGUCCCAGACGUAAAGGAAACGUCAGAGGAACCUAACUUGAAGAAAUCUAUGACUACUGAAGCUAUAGCUUUCCCAGUUGAGACGAAAUCUCAGCCACCCCCUGCAUUUAAAGUCACCCCAAAGCCUGCUGUUGCAGCACCAAUUUCAUUCUCGGAUACUAUUGCUUCUAGCCCCCCAAAAUCUGGUGAUAAGGUUGCUUCUGCAAAACCCGUAUUGCUUAUGGUUGAUGAUGAGCUUCCUCCACUUAUCCCACCUGAGAAGCUUGGUAAAAUGCAGGUCUCGGCACCGCCUGUUGCCAAAGAGAGCGCAAAGCCUGCUAUGUCUCCUUCUGAACCUAGACCUAAAGGGGCUACUUCUGCUCCUCCAGAGGUCAGUAAAGCCAAGAUGGGUACUGAACCCAAACCAUUGCUUGUUGAAGCUCCUAAGGCAACAGCCCCAGUGAAAACUGUAACUCAGGAGGUCAUUAAGUCUGCUGGCAACACUGGCCAAGACAAACCUGCUGCUGCUGUGAAGCCAGCAGAUGAAACCAAAUUGAUCUCUAACACAGGUCCUAAACAUAUUGAGGACAUUAGGGCCUCACCUCCUAAAGUCUCCAAGCCAAAUGCUGGUGUAAAGUCAACCCCUCCUGAGGUUACCAAACAAGCACCCGAAAAGGGUGCUGUGGUAGUUAAUAAGGCUCAGUCGGUUGACUUAAAGGCAACAGCUGCUGAGGUCCCCAAACAAGCCACACCAAUAUUUGCUGAGGCACCUAAAGCAGAUUCUGAGACUCCUCAACUGGUCAAACCAACCGAGGCACCCAAGAAGGCCAAAGCCACCUCCACCGAGGCACCUAGACCAGCCCUGGAAGUGGCCAAGCAGGCAGCAACCGAGACAUCCAAACAGGCUAAGCAGGCAGCCCCCGAGGCACUCAUGCAACCGCCUGCUGAGGCACCCAAACAAGCCAAACAGGUGGCUGCUGAGGCCCCUAAGCAGGUGUCCCCCGAGGCACCCAAACAUGCUAAGCAGGUGCCCAAACAGGCUAAGCGGGAGAGCCCUGAGGCUACCAAACAAGAUAGACAGGAGGCACCCAAACAGGCUAAGCAGGCGGUCCCUGAGGCGCCCAAAAUGGUGGCCCCCGAGGCACCCAAACAGGCCAAGCAGGCGUCCCCUGAGGCACCCAAACAGGCCAAGCAGGCGUCCCCUGAGGCGCCCAAACAGGCUAAGCAGGCGUCCCCCGAGGCGCCCAAACAGGCUAAGCAGGCGUCCCCCGAGGCGCCCAAACAGGCUAAGCAGGCGUCCCCCGAGGCGCCCAAACAGGCUAAGCAGGCGUCCCCCGAGGCGCCCAAACAGGUUAAGCAGGCGGCCCCUGAGGCGCCCAAACUGGUGGCCCCCGAGGCGCCCAAACAGGCCAAGCAGGUGUCCCUCGAGGCGCCCAAACAGUCUAAGCAGGCGGCCCCCGAGGCGCCUAAACAGGCGGCCCCCGAGGCGCCUAAGCAGGCGGCCCCCGAGGCGCCCAAACAGGCCAAGCAGGCGGCCCCCGAGGCGGCUAAGCAGGCGUCCCCCAAGGCGCCCAAACAGGCCAAGCAGGCGUCCCCCGAGGCGCCCAAACAGGCCAAGCAGGCGUCCCCCGAGGCGCCCAAACAGGCCAAGCAGGCGUCCCCCGAGGCGCCCAAACAGUCUAAGCAGGCGUCCCCCGAGGCGCCCAAACAGUCUAAGCAGGCGUCCCCCGAGGCGCCCAAACAGGCUAAGCAGGCGUCCCCCGAGGCGCCCAAACAGGUUAAGCAGGCGGCCCCUGAGGCGCCCAAACUGGUGGCCCCCGAGGCGCCCAAACAGGCCAAGCAGGUGUCCCUCGAGGCGCCCAAACAGUCUAAGCAGGCGGCCCCCGAGGCGCCUAAACAGGCGGCCCCCGAGGCGCCUAAGCAGGCGGCCCCCGAGGCGCCCAAACAGGCCAAGCAGGCGGCCCCCGAGGCGGCUAAGCAGGCGUCCCCCAAGGCGCCCAAACAGGCCAAGCAGGCGUCCCCCGAGGCGCCCAAACAGGCCAAGCAGGCGUCCCCCGAGGCGCCCAAACAGGCCAAGCAGGCGUCCCCCGAGGCGCCCAAACAGUCUAAGCAGGCGUCCCCCGAGGCGCCCAAACAGUCUAAGCAGGCGUCCCCCGAGGCGCCCAAACAGGCUAAGCAGGCGUCCCCCGAGGCGCCCAAACAGUCUAAGCAGGCGGCCCCCGAGGCGCCCAAACAGGCUAAGCAGGCGUCCCCCGAGGCGCCCAAACAGUCUAAGCAGGCGGCCCCCGAGGCGCCCAAACAGGCUAAGCAGGCGGCCCCCGAGGCGCCCAAACAGGCUAAGCAGGCGGCCCCCGAGGCGCCCAAACAGGCUAAGCAGGCGGCCCCCGAGGCGCCCAAACAGGCUAAGCCAACAACCCCCGAGGCGCCUAAGCAGGCGGCCCCCGAGGCGCCCAAACAGGCUAAGCAGGCGGCCCCUGAGGCGCCCAAACAGGCUAAGCAGGCGGCUGCAGAUGCCCCUAAAACACCUGAGGCUUCUCCAUUGGCCAAAGCAACAGCUCCUGACAGUGCAGGCCAAACAAAGCAGGCCAAACCAGCCGAAGCGCUCAAAGAAGCCAAACCAACUGCUGCUGAAGCACCUAAACCCGCUACUGAGAGUCCUAAACCAGCAAAACCGAAGGUUGAUGAGGCACCUAAACAAACCAAGCAAACUGCUGAGGUUCCCUCAAAACCUGCUCCAGUUGAGCCUAUUGUUCCGCCCCCAGCCCCACGUAAACUUACUUUUGCCGAGGCAGUUGCAAAACCUGCACCUGUCAAGCCUGAAGCUGAGAAAAUCAGCACUGCUCCCUCUAAUCAUGUCAUAUCGUCUAAACCUGCUGAAACCCAAGCCAAGAUGGAGUCUGUGAUCAAGGACGACAAUGGAUCUGGCACAGAGUCAGACAGUGAUGACUCAGUUCCUGAGCUGGAAGAACAGGACUCUGCACAGACACAAACACAACAAGCUCAGCUUGCAGCAGCUGCUGAAAUAGACGAAGAGCCUGUAAGCAAAGCCAAACAGAGCCGCAGUGAAAAGAAGGCACGAAAGGCAAUGUCAAAGCUUGGACUCAGGCAGGUAACAGGGGUCACCAGGGUCACCAUUCGCAAAUCAAAGAACAUCUUGUUCGUCAUCACCAAACCAGACGUCUACAAGAGCCCUGCAUCAGAUACAUACAUCGUCUUCGGUGAAGCUAAGAUUGAAGAUCUUUCUCAGCAAGCCCAGCUGGCUGCAGCAGAAAAGUUCAAGGUACAGGGAGAAGCUACAGCAAAGAUCCAGGACAACACACAGACGCCCACAGUACAGGAGGAAAGCGAAGAGGAAGAGGUUGAUGAGACCGGAGUCGAGGUGAAGGAUAUCGAACUCGUCAUGUCACAAGCCAACGUGUCGCGGGCAAAGGCUGUACGCGCCCUGAAAAACAACAACAACGACAUUGUCAACGCUAUUAUGGAGUUGACGAUGUAACGGGAUCCUGUCAACAAAGAGUUGAAGAAAGGUUGCCGAUUAAAUCUGAGCUCAUUUAUACAAUUUAUACCAAGAUGGAAAUAAAGUUGUGGCUUGAUGAAAUUAAAA